AAUCUGAACACCUCUCAAUGUGAACACUUUUUCUAUCCCAGUUUUGUGAGCUGAAGUGAUUGCUUGUAUUUUGAUUCUUAAAAGAGAGCUUCAUCCACAAAAUGUACUUGGCCACUCUAGAUAAACUGUGGCUUCUUUGAAAGCCCAAUUUAUCCUUAAAUGAGAGAUAAUAACACCAUGGGCCUAAUUUCCUCAAUUUCAAUCUUCAGAUCUCUAUAGAUCAACAGGGUAUGUGUCAGAGACCUGCUCAUUGAUGAACCAACCUGUGAAUUGAAUAUAACAUCUUUAGAUACUCUAGCUUCAAUGGAUCUACAGGCAAUUAUCCACCUACUUAAUCCUCCAGAUGCCCUGUUGUCCUUAAGGCGUACUGGUCAAGCACUUUUGAUAAAGCACAUGGAACACAUGGAACAGGUUGCAAAUGUCAGUCUUACACAAAGCCACAAAAAACCUGGACAAUCCCAGAACAGAAUAAGGCAUAAACAUGCAAAAUGUCACCACCUGCCAUUUGUUAGAUACCAAACACUGAACACUGUUACAGAUGCCAAACAACAACCACUGAAGAUCGAACACCAACUGCCGAACACCAGCCACAAAAAAGAUAAAUGUAGCAGGAAAGAGAGACUAUCAUUUCAAUAGUUUUUUUUUUUUUUUUUAGUUAGUUACAUACUUUAUUGUCAAACUAUGAUACAUAAAUUAUACAUCAACUGACACUUUAACAAGUGUAUGAAGUUGUUUUAGUGACAAAAAUGAAAAUUUAAUAAUAACUAUACAUAUUGAUAGCAUAUGUAUGCAUCUAACUUAUGGCUAGUGGUGGUGGGUUGUGGCUGCCAAUGUGUGUUAACUCUAUUUCAGUUUAGGAAAAAAUGUAUGGAUGGAAAGGUAGAUGAG